AUGGCCAACCUGGCGUCAACCCUUCGGUGCCUUGAAUCAACGGCCUACGAAUUGCGCCGCCGGUCGAUUAAUGCGUUCCGCCGCUCGGAUUAUGUGGCACUGUCCUACACUUGGGAUGCUUCAAAGUACGAAGACCCUGAACCGAGCAUGCGCCCAGUGGAAAACUGGGAUAACAAGCGAGUGGAGGGUUCAAAAGUGCGAAAAUGCGUUUUCGGUCGCGUCAUUGGCUACAUGCACCAUAUAGGCGCUGACUUACUUUGGAUCGACGCCCACUGUAUCCGCCAAGGUGCAUGCAACCAAGAUAAUUGCGUCGACUAUGACCAAUGCAUCGAGAAGCGUAAUGCUAUACAAGCAAUGGAUCUUAUCUAUCAGUUGAGCAAUCAUCCGGUAGCGUUGCUAGGCCGGCCUCUGAUUGCCAAACAAAAACUUGUCACUAGAUUUGAAGGGAUACACAUGCAACUAAACGCCAAUUGGCUUACCACGAUGCCGCCCAAAAAGCUGCAAUCCGCGGACUACCAUAUCGCCUGGAUCGCCCCCGUAUCCAACCUCGAACUGCUACCGUCGCGCCUAAUGCUCGACGAGCAGCACGACGCGCCCGACUACGAUACCGCCUACGACGACAACGUUUACACGUGCGGAGCCCUUGCCGGCCACAAUGUCGUCAUCGCAACUUGCGCGCCGGGUAUGUUGGCGCUUAACAGUCAGGGGAAGUACAAGGAGGCAAAGCAAAUGCACCGGGAAACAUCGCCUGCGUCCGCCAGGUUCGUAACGACACAAAACACACACGAUGCCUCUUAAUCGGCCCAGGGAAAUUUAGUUCGAAAUGCCAGUAUGAGCGCCGCCCAAAAUGCCGCCUCCAGGACAUGCGCUACGGGCAGUAUCUGCGCUGUUUUGCUGUAG